UAAAAACAGAUCAAAUGUAAUGUUAAUUGCGUUCACAAUCGGAAGUGCAUUACUUGGUCUCAGUUUCAUAAUAACAAUGUCCUCUCAAUACGACAAAAGUCCAUAUUUUGUGAAACAAUUAUCGCUAAUAUUAGAGGAAAGGCGUACAGUUAGGCAUUGCCUUUGUUUGGCUGUCAUCGCCAUUAUAUUCAUCGCAUGCCUGUCCACUAUGUUUAUAUGCGAUCGCACAACAAAUAUGUUGAGCGCAAACAUGACGGGCUCGCCAUCGCCUGACAGCUACGAGUGCUUCUAUCCUCAGUACUUUGUGUUUUGUUGGAUCCUAACAAUGAUAGCUUCGGCAGCGUUUCUAAAGCUGUCAUAUUUGCUCAAAUUCAUUAUCCUGUCUGCUAUGGCAACCAUUUAUCUAAUUCUCGUCGAAUUGGUCUUCAAUAAUGUCUUCUCGAGGAGUCAGAGCUGCGGAAUGUCUAUGCAAUACGACGGGUGAGUCCUCUCAUUACACUUCCCAUUAGACCCGAC